AUGUUUGACAACAAUGAUGAGUGUAAGCAAUCAUCAAGUAAACUUAUUUGGCGUAUUAUAAAUGGGAUUGGAUGUUUAUUUUUUCUCUUUGCUGCUUUCGUUAAUUUAAAUGAUCACGAUUGGCAUUUAUGGGUAACAAUUUAUAUGUGUACAUCUAUUUUUCUUGCUAUUGAAUUGUUUAAUUAUCGAUCAUUAUCGAUUGUUAUUAUUUAUAUGAAUGCUUUUGUUUUUUGCAUACUUCUUGCAUUCGGUUGUCAUUUUCUUUUCAAAUAUCAAUAUGAAAACAAUAUCAAUAGUAUGAGAAAUCAUUUUUUACAUGACGAAGAAGGACGAGAAUUAAGUGGAUUAGCUUUAGCUAGUGGUUGGCUAUUCUUAAUAUUAUUAAAUCGUUUAAUACAUUUUAAUUAUCGUUUAUCAUUUGUUAUUAUUUCAUGCGGAUUAUUUCUUACGUUGGUGCCUGUUGGAAUGUGGUCUGUUUGUUUUGUAUCCGAUGAUUGGCGACAACGUUUUCCUCAAUGUCAUUCUAUGAUUGCAUCUGAACAUCAUUCUCAUUUUCAUCCGACUUUAUAA